CUGGCACUAACCUAUAUAGCACGUACUGUAUCGUCCAGAAGACUUCCUUCGACUACUUCCUCUUGUAUAAGAAUCCAUAGUUGUUAACGAAAUUUGUUUUCUGAAUCAUUGACAGGAUACAUCAUCGAACAAUGACCUUUGUUGUUCCCGCUUCCAUGGACCCUACUAUGAAAUAUGGGAGUGUUUACCUCGAUUAUCCACUUCCACCCUGAUACACAGUAGUAGGGUGGAACGGGCUUGAUAGCUGCGUUGCCCCCAAUGUAUCCUUUCUACCCAACCAGCUCUACCUUUCAAGCUGAUACUACAAGGUAUUUUCAGUCACGCAUGAUUUAAAAACAAAAAAAAACAGAUAUGGUUUUACCAAAUAAUGCCUACUAGUCGGGGCUAUAAUGAAGCAUGGUGUUUUUGAUCUCCGUCUCCAAACAAAGGAUGGAGUCAACUGCAACCAUAUUGUGUGACCUUUCCUUUCAAAAUAUGCAGCUAAAUCAGCAAGACUCAAACGCUGGCUUGGUACCAAUACCCAAUGAAAAGGGCCACCCUUUGUUGGUCGUGGUGGUUGCCUUUGAAAUUGGGUUGUCCUUUAUUUCUUGAAUGACAGAUAUACCACAUUUCAUUCUAUAUUUAGCGUGCCUCAUGUUCCUGCGUUCAUGUCACAAGCAGACAGUUGAUGCUGGGCCAAGAGUCAGCCUCCAAAUGCGGUUGAGUCCGAAAUGGUUCCACAAUCACCUUAUGACCUAUAUAGGUAUUCUAGCACUGAAGGUAUUCCAAAAUAACGGUAUGGAAGAUUGUACACUCGGGGGUUAGC